AUACAAUAAUAUAAAUUCUAAUAAUAGAUUUUAUUAGUCACGAAUACUUAAAGAUUUGAAAUGAUGACAUAAACGCGCCACAUGGCGGUGCUAGUUGUUCAUAGCAGAGGAUUACAUACAAAAGCAACCUUUGAUAUAUUAAAUACAAUGAAUAUAUUUAAAAAUAAAUCAACUUAAUAAUUUAGCGAGAUAAUUAUAUAAAGCGUAAAGAUAAAGUAUGAAAAUUUUCGAGUAUUAUCUUAUGAACAAAUUGAAUUACAAAAAAAGACUGUAAUGAUGAAUUAAAAGGCGUAAAAAAAAUAGAUAAGGUGGUAAAUCGAGUGGUCUUUGUUUCGGAAAACAGCAUGCUGGGGACCGCCAUGGCCGCCAUUAACAAUGGCCGCGGUUUGUCUUAAAAAGAAGCCAUUUUCAAAAUAUGGCUGCGCCCUGCUAAAUAAUAAUGGCGUUGACUCGAUCAAAACAAACAACACGUACUGUCAAAAAAACAAACCUUUACAUUUAAAUACUUUGCUAAAUAUUUAUAAUUAUUGUAACAAUCUACAUGUGGUGAGUUUCGUUAUUGAUCAGAGCGCACCGGAAGUGCGUACUAAUGUGUGUUUAAGAGCCAAUACAUAAAACGCGUAUCUCAAAACAUUGAAAGUAAAAAAUAAUUUACUGAGUGUGAAAAAAAAAUGAUAAGGUGCUAACUAGGAAAUUAUAGUAACAAUAAUGUAGUCAAUGAAAAAACCAAUUUAUUUUCUACAUAACAUGUAAUUUUAUGACGCAAGUAGAAUAUUUUAUAAUUUGUCAGACAGUAAACAAAAUAAUGAAAAUAUUAAAUUUAAAAAAAUUAACGAUAGCACGUUGGACGAUAUUUGUACCACUGAUUAUUUAUAUGAGUUUGUUGUAUAUUAAAUAUAACAGAAAUAUGAGAUUAAAAAGUCCGGAUGAAAUGGAUGAGGAUGCUGGGAUACAGAAUUUAUUUUCUGAGCUGGAAUCGGUGUCAUUAAAAAAUUUUAAAGAUAGUAAUGUAAAUAUUGAAAAAUCUAUUAUUAAAAGCUUCAAUUUUAAUAAUAAUGAAGAUAAUGUUGAACUUGAGAUUCAUGAUAAUCCAAGAUUAUUGUUGGAGAAUAUAUUCAGUAAAGCAGAUGUUGAUGAAAAUCGAGAAUUAGAUAUUCAGGAAGUUGCCAAGUGGAUUCACAGUAAAAUAAUCCAACAUAUUGAUCGAGCGAUGCGUGAUAAUGUGGGUUUAUUUAGUAUUAUUGACAUCAAUCCUCGUAAUGGUGAUAUUUCUUGGGAUGAAUAUCAUGCGUAUUUUUUACGAUUACAUGGAUUUUCAGAUUUAUAUAUUAAAUCACAUAAUAAAAAACAUUCCGAGCUAACGAGAACACUUAAAGAAAGUAUUAUGAGAGAUCGAGCACGUUGGAUUGAAGCUGCGCGAACUGAUCCAGAUAAAUUAACGCUAGAUGAGUUUCUCGCUUUCACUCAUCCCGAAAGUAGUCAUCGUGCGCUUCUACAAAUGGUUGAUGAUUUAUUUGAAAAAUUCGAUCGUGAUGGAGAUGAAGAGUUAACAGAAAAUGAAUUUGCUGAUCUACCUAUUGAUGGAAUGGGUCUGGAUUUACGUGAAGAUACACCAGAACCUAUAGGUGGUAGUGAAGGACGUAGACAAGAAUUUCAGUAUCUUAUUGAUAAAAAUAAAGAUGGCAAAGCUGAUCGUAGCGAGUUAUUGAUGUAUAUUGAUCCAAAAAAUCCAAGACACGCGAUACAAGAAGCACAACAUUUAAUAGAUCUCGCUGAUAUUGAUCACAAUAAAAAGUUAAGUUUAUCAGAAGUAUUAAGCAAAACGGAUUUAUUUUUAGGAAGCAAAAUGGUCGAUACGGAAAAAAGUUUUCAUGAUGAGUUUUGAUAAAUAUCGAUUGAUAAUUAAUCAAUAUAUUAAAUAUUUAUAGAUUUAAAUAACGUAUUUUUAAAAUAAUCAUCAGCUGCAGUAUUAAUUAACCCUCGGUCCGUCACGCGGUCCCGCCAUUCAUUCGUCGCGCCGAUGUUGCCAAUUAUCAUAACUAUGAUUUUUCAAAAUUAAAAUCACACAAGAUACCACUAAAAAAUUGUAAUUUUUUUUAGAAUUUUUUUACUAAAUUAAAAUAAUUAUUAUUCAUUCAUUCGAUACUUGAAAGUAUGAUAGAAGAACACAUGAAAUUUCAAGAGACUAAAAAAUUUAUUUUCUUUUUAAAUAAUCUUUUAAUAAAAUUGCGGUGCUGCGCUCAUAGCGCGACGGACGAAAGUAUAAUUUAAUUUAAAAUAGAACUAAUAAAUUAUAGUUUUUUUUAGAAAACGUCUGUGAUAGUCGAUACUACAUUAUAAUUAAAAAGCAAUUACACCAGUAUUUUUUUAAAUAACGCACAUUCAUUAAAAAUAAUUAUAUCACCUAUUAAUAUCACAAUAUUGUACCUUGAAUACCGAAAAAUUAAAAUUUUAAUAUUUAUUGUACUAGCGGGUAAUCGGAAUGAUCGAAUUUAUAAUCAAACACUUUUGUAUUUAAUCACAAAUUUUUAUAUACAAUAUUAAUAUAUAUAUAAUAGACUUUUUUUUAUUAAUAUAUACAUAGUUUUUUUUAUUUAACUUAUUGAUCAAUCAGUGACAAUAAAUUGUAUUAAAUAUCCGA